AUGGUUGUCUACCUUAUCACUCACCACGAGACGCGACAAGCAAGGUUGGCAAGUGACUCUGACGACAUACCUCUAAAGUCACGCAAGGUGUCUUCUGUAGCAUCACCUUCGGGCAAGUCCACGUCAAACAUCGUCGAUGAUCAUGAUGACAACAACAGUUGGUGUCCAAAGCAUCGACAAGUGCUCAGCAUUGGUGAUGUCAUAAACAAGCAUGCCAAGGUCACUGGCUCACCACAAGAGACUGACCUCAUUGUUGGGAUCAUAGGUGGCGCCACCGAAGGAGGAGUAGGAAGCAAUGUGUACAACACACUAACCAUCAGAGACCAGCACUCUUCAAUCCCUAUCCUCCUCUCAUCAAAGUGUCAUGAAGCAUUUUAUUCAAUGGACACUGUUGUACUCGUUACCAAGUGGCAGUUGGUGUCCGUCAGCGCCCCAAAACAACAACAAUGA